UUAAUUUCAAAUUGUAAAUUUGUCUCUUAAAAAUCUAUAACGAUUAAUGAAAGCGUAUACUUCAGAUUGUCGAAAUACAAGAAGACAAAAUGUUUAUAGUAAUUACAUUAUUAACAAUUAUCAUAGCUUUAUUCUAUUACAUUUGUGUGAAGCCAAUGUACUAUUGGAAAAACCAAGGUGUUAAGCAAACUCCGAUUGUGUGGAUUCUAGGCGAUAAUUGGCGAAAUGUGUUCAAAAUGGAGAGCCUUUCAGAGAUGGUAAAGAGGACUUACGAUUUCGCGCCUGGAACAAGAUAUUCCGCCAUGUGCCAAUUUAUAACACCGCAGUUAAUCAUCAAGGACCCCGAAUUAAUCAAACUAAUUACAAUUAAACAUUUCGAUCAUUUUGUAGACCACAAAACGUUCGUUACGGAAAGAGCGGAUCCGUUGUUCGGAAAGAAUUUGUUUUCACUCACAGGACAAAGGUGGCGAGACAUGAGGCCAAUCCUGAGUCCCUCGUUCACCAGCAGCAAGAUGAAAAGUAUGUUCGUCCUGAUGGCCGAUUGCGCCAAAUCGUUUACGAAUUUCUUCUUGCAAAAGAACCAAGACGUCGUAGAAGUUGAAAUGAAGGACGUGUUUAGCCGAUAUACAAAUGAUGUCAUCGCUUCUACAGCUUUCGGUAUUGAAGUAAACUCCCUCAAAGAACCAAACAACGAUUUCUACAGAAUGGGAAAGAAAGCCACGAGUUUCGAUAGUUUGGGUCAAAGAUUGAAAUUCUUCGCGUUGCUUUUAUGCCCAGAAAUCUUAUACUAUCUUAAUAUAGGAUUUUUCGACAAAGAAAUCUCGCAAUUCUUCAUGGAUCUUGUCAGUAACAACAUUAAAGUGAGGAAGGAAAAAGGUAUUACACGUCCCGAUGUUUUGCAGCUGCUUAUGGAUGCCCAGAAACCAGAAGAUGAAAUAAAUGGAGAGAAUAUUGAUUCCAAAACUGGAAAAUUGAGUAUUACGGAUAUUGUUGCACAAGCCUUAAUAUUUUUCUUCGCUGGUUUCGACGGUGUUUCUUCAUCAAUGUGCUUUAUGGCUUACGAAUUAGCUGUCAACGUUGAUGUACAGAGCAAACUCAGAGAAGAAAUUAACGAAACACUCGAUAAAUACGAUGGUAAACCCACAUACGACGGCAUCUUGAAGAUGCAAUAUCUCGACAUGGUCGUGUCAGAGGUCUUAAGGAAAUGGCCGAUCGGUCAGGGUACCGACAGAGUUUGCACGAUUCCCUAUACAAUCGAGCCGGUUCGAGCCGAUGAAAAACCGAUCACAGUAAAAGAAGGAGACACCUUGUGGUUGCCCAUUUUCGGCAUCCACCGGGACCCCGAAAUCUAUCCCGAUCCGGACCGAUUCGAUCCUGAAAGAUUCAACGACGAGAACAAAGCGAAGAUCGAUCCGUACUUGUACAUGCCCUUCGGCUUCGGCCCGAGGAGUUGCAUCGGGAAUCGGUUUGCUCUGCAGGAAAUGAAAAUUGUAUUUUUCUAUCUGCUGGCCAACUUCGAAAUAAUUCCCAUCGCUAAGACGGUGAUUCCUAUUCAGCUGUCGAAAGGAACGUUGAAUGCAACCGCAGAGGGAGGAUUUCCCUUAGGUUUAAAGAGAAUUGUUAAAUAAAUUUAACAGUAUUCUCUAUUAUUCUAUUUGAAGAACACCUAUCUCCGGUCUAAUGAAUUAGAAAAGAGUUCGAGCAAUUAACCAGACAUCGAACCGUUUGUUUCUACAUAAGGUCUAAUAUAUUACGAUCCAAUUUGAAUAAUCGGGCUCAUCUGCAUAACUCCAUAUAAUCUCAACGAAUAAAUUACUACUUUGGGAUGCAUUUUCCUUGUCAACAGUACAUUUUUUUAACAAAUAAUUCACUUCUGAUUAACACCAUUUGGCCCAUUUCUUAUACUUAUAAUUACUAAGUGAUAACUCAAUUUUGUUCAUAAUAAUUACAUUAUAAAUAAGAAAUUCGUGUUUUUGUUCGAGUGAAGAUUUAG